GCAACACAACUGAUACGCACCACAGCACCAUGUCGCGAAACCAGGGAGAUCACUGGGAGAGACUGCAGGUCAUCCUGAGAAACCGGGGCGCUCGAGGCGGUUUUGGGGGUUUUCCCCCCGGUGGCCGGGGCAGUCUGGGCGUGGGAGGAGCUUUCCUGCUGCUCGGUCUGGGAGGAUGGGCGAUUUCCGAAUCGCUUUUCAACGUUGACGGUGGUCACCGCGCGAUCAAGUAUUCCAGAUUAAGUGGUGUGAAGAAGGAGAUCUACAGCGAAGGAACGCAUUUUAUGCUCCCCUGGCUGGAGACUCCUAUCAUUUACGAUGUCCGCGCGAAGCCCCGGAACAUUCCUUCGCUUACCGGCACCAAGGACCUUCAGAUGGUCAACAUCACUUGCCGUGUGCUUUCGAGACCUCGAGUCGAUGCUCUCCCCCAGAUCUACCGCACUCUCGGCUCGGACUUCGAUGAGCGUGUUCUUCCAUCGAUCGUGAACGAGGUCCUGAAGAGCGUCGUCGCACAGUUCAACGCCAGUCAGCUCAUCACGCAGCGUGAGAACGUCGCCAGGCUGGUCCGGGAUAACUUGGCGCGCCGUGCCGCUCGUUUCAAUAUCACUCUCGAUGAUGUGUCUCUGACGCACCUGACCUUCUCCCCCGAAUUCACUGCCGCUGUCGAAGCCAAGCAGGUCGCCCAGCAGGAGGCUCAGCAAGCUGCUUUCCUCGUUGACAAGGCUCGCCAAGAGAAGCAGGCCACGAUUGUCCGCGCCCAGGGUGAGGCCCGCUCCGCCGAACUGAUUGGCGAGGCGAUCAAAAAGAGCAAGAGUUACGUUGAGCUGCGAAAGAUCGAGAACGCCAGACAGAUUGCCACUAUUCUCCAGGAGUCUGGCGGCAGGAACAAGUUGUACCUGGAUACCCAGGGCCUGGGCUUGAACGUCAACGCGCAUUCUGACGACUAAAUCAAUCGGAUCUCUGCCUGUCUCUGUUCAGCCGAAGGUACUUGAGCUUUGUUGUUGUAAUGGGUUUUCCAACCGGCGAAAUUUCUCUUCAUCGAUGUGAUCACGUCGCUCUCAAAAGGUUGUGUGAACUAUGGAUACAUGUAUAAAUAGUUACUUCAGGAGCGCCAGAACUUGAUUAAUUCUCUCUUCCCUCUCAACUCUUCUCGGUCUUAAAAAGUGGAAGAACAACGUAGCAACCCAAAAUAUCGAGUGCUGCCUUGAAAUACGAAAGAAUUCAAUGCUAUGCCAGUCUAAUUGUCAAUGAAAGUGCUCCUUGAAUCGCAUCUCCAAACCUUUGAUAAUCGAUAACGACAGGCGGGGCUCCACUGCUUCCGGGGGGGGGGG